AUGCCUGAGCUCUCAGUUGAUGCCAUCAAGGGUCGUCCUGUGGCUGUGCUCGGUGGUGGUGUCUUAGGUCGACGCAUCGCCUGCACCUGGGCGGCGGCAGGGUGGACUGUCCAUGUCCGCGACCCAUCACCCGAGCAGCGCAACGCUGCUAUACACUACGUAGAACAAAACGUCGCUUCAUAUGCAAAAACCAUCUCAUGCUCGAAUCCCGGCAAAGCAAUUGCUUUCGAAGAUCUGGAGCCUGCAGUCAAGGAUGCCUGGACUGUCAUCGAAGCUGUGCCGGAGAAGCUACAAAUCAAAAUCGACACCUUUGGAGACCUUGCGAAGAUGACAAAGAAGGACUGUCUCUUGGCUAGCAACUCCAGCAGUUACAAGAGUGGAGAGAUGUUGGAGAAGGUUGAUGACGAGACUAAGAAGAGAGUCCUAAACACCCACUACAUGAUGCCACCAGACAACAGAAUUGUCGAGCUCAUGACCGACGGCUUCACCGAUGAGAGCGUUUUCCCCUUCUAUGUCGAGAGACUCAAGGAGUGCGGCAUGAGCCCCAUUGUCGCAAAGAAGGAGAGCACCGGCUUUGUGUUCAACCGCAUCUGGGCAGCCAUCAAGCGCGAAUGUCUGACUGUCCUUAGCGAAGGCGUUAGCACUCCCGAGGAGCUCGACCGUGUCUGGGUGGAAAUGUUCUCCGGUGGCAAGGCUGGACCUUGCGCCAUGAUGGAUGCCGUUGGUCUCGAUACUGUCGUCUUCAUCGAGCAACACUACGUCAAGGAACGCGGACUUCCUACCAGGGAUACCGUCGACUACUUGGAAUCGAACUACAUCGGGAAAGGUGCGCUUGGUGGUAAGAGCGGUAAGGGUGGUCUUUACCCAGCCGGCUACACUACCAAGUCCAGCGAGGAGGAGUCCAGCCAUCACGACAACUUGCAUUCGCCUACAUUAUACUAUCUCGAUCUCGGCAUGAACGCCGACAAGGACCCUCUACAUGCAGGCAAGAUCGUUGCACAGUCGGCUUCAAGCACAGAACCCAAGACGCUGAUCACUGGCUUGACCUUGCCUGACGGACUCGACAUCUCACUCAAGGACAACCGCAUCUACUGGACCAACAUGGGAAUACCGCCUCAGAACGAUGGAUCCAUCCAAUCAUGCAAACUCGAUGGCUCAGACAUCAAAGAGAUUGUCAAGAAGGGAGAUGUACACACACCGAAACAGCUCAUCGUGGACCAAGAGAAUAAUAAGCUAUACUUCUGUGAUCGUGAAGGCUUGCGAGUCAUGAGGUGCAACCUCGACGGGAGCGAGCAAGAAGUUCUAGUACAAAGAGGUGACUGGACAGUCAAGGAAGAGUCUCAAGACAACAUGAGAUGGUGCGUCGGUAUCUCUGUCGAUACACAAAGAGGUUACUUUUACUGGACACAAAAGGGAACAAGCAAGGGUGGCAAAGGCAGAAUCUUCAGGGCCAAGCUCGAAAUGCUCUCUGGCGAGGACGCAACCUCAAGAUCUGAUAUUGAAACUAUCCUUACCGGUCUGCCCGAGCCGAUCGAUCUUGAGAUCGACAUGGAAGCUGGCAUGCUAUACUGGACUGAUCGUGGCGACCCUCCCAUGGGCAACACCAUCAACAGCAUCGAUCUGACCAACCUGACUCAUGUGGAAGACGCAAGCGACAACCCCAAGUACAAUGUGCUAGCACGCAACAUGCAUGAAGCCAUCGGCCUCAAGCUCGACUCACGCAACCAACACAUUUACGCCACAGAUAUGGGAGGCUUUGUGUACAGGUUCGACCUUGACGGACAAAACAAGAAGAGAAUCGUCGACUCAGACCAGAGAUCAUUCUCCGGUAUCACCUUGGCACAUGUUUAG